CCGUGCCACCGCCCCAACUUGGUGGCGCCCCCAGGCAGCGGCAGCCGGGAUGGAGCUGCCUCCCCGGGGCCGGGCGCCGCGGGACUCGCCGCUGGACAGCGUCUCCCUGUCCUCGCUGGAGUCCAGCGUCUUCUGCAGCGAGGGCGAAGGGGAGCCCCUGGCGCUCGGGGACAGCUUCACGGUCAACGUGGGCGGCAGCCGCUUCGUGCUCUCGCAGCAGGCUCUGUCCUGCUUCCCGCACACGCGCCUGGGCAAGCUGGCCGUGGUGGUGGCCUCGUACCGACGCCCCGGGGCCCUGGCCGCCGCGCCCAGCCCCCUGGAGCUCUGCGACGACGCCAACCCGGUGGACAACGAGUACUUCUUCGACCGGAGCUCGCAAGCCUUCCGCUACGUCCUGCACUACUACCGCACGGGCCGCCUGCACGUCAUGGAGCAGCUGUGCGCGCUCUCCUUCCUGCAGGAGAUCCAGUACUGGGGCAUCGACGAGCUCAGCAUCGACUCCUGCUGCAGGGACAGAUACUUCAGAAGGAAAGAGCUGAGUGAAACCUUGGACUUUAAGAAGGACACAGAAGACCAGGAAAGUCAGCAUGAGAGCGAACAAGACUUCUCACAAGGACCCUGUCCCACCGUCCGCCAGAAGCUCUGGGACAUCCUGGAGAAACCUGGGUCUUCCACAGCUUCCCGCAUCUUUGGGGUCAUCUCCAUCGUCUUCGUGGUGGUGUCCGUCGUCAACAUGGCCCUGAUGUCGGCUGAGUUAGGCUGGCUGGACCUGCAGCUGCUGGAGAUCCUGGAGUACUUUUGCAUCAGCUGGUUCACUGGGGAGUUUGCCCUGCGCUUCCUGUGCGUGCGGGACAGGUGCUGCUUCCUCCGAAAGGUGCCAAACAUCAUAGACCUGCUGGCCAUCUUGCCCUUCUACAUCACUCUUCUGGUAGAGAGCCUGAGUGGGAGUGAGACCACGCAGGAUCUGGAAAACGUGGGGCGCAUCGUCCAGGUUCUGAGGCUGCUCAGGGCCCUGCGCAUGCUAAAGCUGGGCAGGCAUUCCACAGGAUUACGCUCACUUGGAAUGACAAUCACCCAGUGUUAUGAGGAAGUCGGCCUACUGCUCCUAUUUCUGUCUGUGGGAAUUUCUAUCUUCUCCACUGUGGAAUAUUUUGCUGAGCAAAGCAUUCCUGACACAACCUUCACAAGUGUCCCUUGUGCGUGGUGGUGGGCCACAACGUCCAUGACUACGGUGGGCUAUGGGGACAUUCGGCCAGACACCACCACAGGCAAAAUCGUGGCCUUCAUGUGUAUAUUAUCGGGAAUCCUCGUCUUGGCUUUGCCUAUUGCUAUUAUUAACGACCGCUUCUCUGCUUGCUAUUUUACCUUAAAGCUCAAGGAAGCAGCUGCUAGACAGCGCGAGGCUCUGAAGAAGCUUACCAAGAAUAUAGCCACUGACUCAUAUAUCAGCGUGAACUUGAGGGAUGUCUAUGCCCGGAGCAUCAUGGAGAUGCUUCGACUAAAAGGCAGAGAAAGAGCAAGCACUAGGAGCAGUGGAGGAGAUGAUUUCUGGUUUUGAGUUCACUUUCAGUUUAU